AUGCAGAUACUUCUCGGAUGUAUGGACACGAAUCUUGCGAUAGAGACAGAGAAACCCACUACUCUUACAGUUAUUAGCUCUUCCGAAGAGAAGGCUAAAUUUGAGAAAGGGGAUCGCUCUAACUGCAUGAGUCUUAUGAUCAUAAAAUGUGCAAUUCCGGAGGUGUUCAGGGGGACUAUGUCCGAGGACACCACAAAUGCUAAAGAUUACUUUGCAGAAAUAGAAAAGUGCUUUGUUAAAAGCGAUAAGGCUAAAUCAAGCACUAUUCUUAAGAUCUUGAUUUCAAUGAGGUAUAAGGAAAAUGGUAAUAUAAGGGAGUACAUGAUGUAG